GCUCUGCUGCUCUGUGAUUGGCUGAGCAGAUCGACGUGUACAUGUGUCAGUGCUGCUGCUGCAGCUGCUGCAGGUUGAUUCCACUCACAUGUGACAGAGAAACAGAUCAUGCUGCUUCUCUCUGCUCUGCUCUGGCCUUUGACCACUUACUUUCUCCUGGAAAACUCUCCUCUUCAUCAUCAUCAUCACCAUCAGUAGGAAGGAGAAGGAGAAGAAGAAGGAGAAGAAGAAGAAGAAGAAGAGGAGAAGAAGGAAAAGUUGCUUCAAAAUCCAGGGUCUUUUGAAGCUGUUGACCUGUCAGAGAAAGACAGCGAGGACAGUGAAGGAGGACGAAGCAGCAGCAGCAGCAGCAGCAGGAGGAUGAAGUCCAAAAGAAAAGCUGUGAAAGCAUCCAGCAGAACCUGGUCUGACCCAGAGCCAGAACUGGAGCCAGACACAGAACCAGAACCCGGCUCCAGUGAGCAGGAAGGCUCGGAGGCGUCGGUGCGGAUCGGCGGCUCCUGGAGAGGCUCUCUGAGGAGCGGGGACAGGGGACGUCAGGGAGGCGGGGCCGGAGGACGCUGGCGGAGACAACACGGCUCCAGCACCAAAGAGCGCAGCGUCCGGCGCCUGGAGAGCAACGAGCGCGAACGCCAGCGCAUGCACAAACUCAACAACGCCUUCCAGGCGCUGCGCGAGGCCAUCCCGCACGUCAAGACGGACAAGAAGCUGUCCAAGAUCGAGACGCUCACCCUGGCUAAGAACUACAUCAAGGCUCUGACCACCAUCGUCCUGGACCUGUCGGGGGCGUGUCUGCCCGCGGGCGGGGACGCGGCGGAGGCCAGUGCCGCCAAACUGCUCCAGUGCUACCAGCAACACCUGGAGGAGGAGGGUGAGGAAGGUCUCACCCAGUACCUCACCCACAUGCACAGCUUCAGCCAACACAGCUAACACUAGCUGCACGGCAGGGUCAAAGGUCAGGAGGGCAAACGAGGGCCUGGUCUCCAACAUAGGACAAAGACUUUUAGACCUGGUUCAGACCUGGUUUUAGCAUCCAUCCUGAGUGAUCCGAUCAUGUGUGAACACUCUCAAUCUGUCCUAAGAGUGUCCUCAGAUCUGAUCCCAUGUGGACAGUUCAGGUGUGGACACUCCCAAUCUGUCCUCAGAUCUGCUCACAAAAACCACAUUCGGAAGUUGUUUUCGGGACAAACGAGACCACAUUCCUGAGCCGCGUGUCCAGAAAAUGUCAGAAAGUGUUCCUCAGACCUCGAAAUGAUGCUGUUCUCAAAUGUCUCGUUUUGUCCACAAAACAAAAUGAUUCAGUUUGAAUUAUUUCUUUGUUUUAUGGAGCAAAGAAACCAGAAAAUAUUCACAUUUAAGAGCCUGAAAAAUCAGAGAAACUUGCUUUAAUUAUUUAAAAAAAACACUGAUAAUAGUUGAAGAUUCAUUUAGUAACCGAUUAAUCAGGAAAUAGUUUCAACGCCACAAUCUUAACACUCAAUACGUCGUGCUAAUCCGACUUAAACAAUACUUACUUUAGUAAUUCUGACUGCAAUUGUACGAACUGUAGAAUUUCUCAAAAGUCGCACACAGAUAAAAACAUGUCGGGCUCACUUUUUGAAUAAGUUUAAGCUCGAAGAAGUGAAUAUUUUUAAGCUAACGGAUAGUAGCUCGAAAUGUUAACUGAUGCUAGCUAGCAUGCUAGCUGCUACGUCUUUUAUUAAUAACAACAAUAAUAAAAAUAAUAAUAAUUCCCAGCAGGCUGCACACUGAGGCGGAAACGUACUCAUGGUUAUGUUUUUCCUAAUAGUUAAGUUUUAUUUAUUAACUUAAGUUACUAGUUUGAAAGAACUUUAUUGACAACAGAAGAAAUGUAAGUGUCCAUUGUCGUAACGACAUUGUGUUUGAGACAGUUGUGUGUAUUUUCUCUGACCACAUGUGACCGCGUACAGGAGACGACGCAUUUUUAACGCCAGGCGUGAUCAGUGGAACGUUAGCAUGAUUCCACUGGUGGACGGACGUUAAUGCCAGAUCUGAACGGACUCACAGAGUGGGUUUUUCUCUGACCCGAGCAGCAGACUGAUCUGACCACAGCUCUGCUCCUUCAUGGAUUUGAGGACCAAUCACACGGCAAGACACAAACAAACGUGAACACUCAGAAAUGAAGGGCUAAAAUCUCUCGCCAUGUCUUUUUUUUAAUGUUAUAUUUUUAUUAUUAUUAACAUUAUUCGUCUUCUCUGGUUUGAGCUGAGGACUUUAGUGUUUGUUCUCCUUUGUCUUAUCUUGUGUGAUCUUCUUCUUCUUCUUUGUGUGUGCUCUCUGUCGCCUGCAGUCGUUAACUGUCACACCAAGAGAGGCGGAGUCAAGCAGCAGCGGGACCCAAAUAUUGAAUAUGUUGAAGCUUGAAAAGUCGCUAUUUGCUCAUCACCAAUUUUAAGAAAACAACCGUAACUCGUCUUACAGGUUGUGCAAAUGUGUGGUAGCUGUAGCUGGAAGGCAGAGAAGAUGUUGUGCGAGUGCAUUUUAUUUGACUUUUUUGUGUGUGUGUGUGUGUGUGUGUGUGUCGAUCAAACGACCAAAAGAAGGAGGAGAAACUAUUUGAUAAGUUCAAUAAACACGUUAUUUAUUGA